GCGAGAACUGAACCGUCCCCCAGACCAUUCAUCUACCUUGCGAUUCAUCUUCCUGCCCCUUCUCUACUGUGACGACGCAUCAAGAUGGAGGAAGAUGACGACAUCAUGGCGGAUAGCCUUGGAACGAACAUGGCAGCUGGGCAUCCGGAACACUCUCUGCACACAUCUCCUCCAUCCAUGGCUGAUAAUCAGAAUUCAUCGUCCGAAAAAAAUAUUCCAAGAGUUGGGAUGUGCUUUCAAUCUGAGGAAGAGGCAUACAAGUUCUAUAAUCUUUAUGCUGAGAGUAAUGGAUUCAGCAUUAGGAGGUGUCACAGAAAGUAUAGAGCAGAUGGAACUUUAUCUUCUAGAUAUUUUGUUUGUAGCAAGUCAGGUGUGAAGGCUACUCACCCAACACAUGUAACCAAGAAAGAACAACCUAAUUCCAGGACUGCUUGUAUGGCUCGUGUUCAAUUCAGCAUCACUCGGGAGGGUAUUUGGAAUGUUCAAAAAGUCAUACUCGAUCACAAUCAUCAGCUAAUAAGUCCAGAAGAGAUUUCCAAAACAAUGGUGCCAUUUAAAGCUCCUGAGAGAGUGAAGGCUCGGAUGGAAAAAAGAUCAAAAGAUGCUCUAGAAGGAGCAAAGAAAGGCAAGAAAAAAGGAAAAGUUUCAAACCAUCCAGCAAAAGAAUCAGUACUUGCUCCACUUAGAGUUGUUCAGCAGAACACUUCCCCAUUCCUUGAACCUGAAACGGCACGCGGCCCCGAUUUACAAGCUGAAUGGGUUGAUAAUACAAAUCCAUACACAACCGUGCCUUUUGGAGAGUAUCAGCCAGCGUUUGUUCCACCUAUCCAUGGAGAAUUUACAAGAUUGUUGUUCGGGGUUCAUGGAGAUGGCACAACAACAGCUGCUCGUCAGUUAGAUUUCGGCGAAGGUGCCAGUACAUCUGGGUUUCAGCAGUAAUGUUAAUGCUAGUUAGCUGGGCAUGUCAGGUUUCUAUUUACUACUUGUUGCUACCUGAAUAUUGCUACCAAAAUAUUGCUACCUGAAUAUUGCUACCUGAAUA